UCUUUCUCAUGAAUUUGUUCGGUAUUGGUUUCGUCGUGAUUGGGGUUGUCACGUAUGGAAUGAAUGCUGUUCGAUAUUUGCUCACGCUGGACCACAAUCUGAAGGGGCAUCUUAACGAGGGGACGCCAUUCCGUACCUUGGAGCCACAAGUGAUGUCCGCAUGGUUUGGCUUGGCAUGGGAGAGCCUGGCUCUUGCAUUGGCUGCCUACAACUGCUUGAAAGCCAUUCGGUCCGUGUAUGGACUCUCGUACGUGGAGAAUCAUCGCCUGGGGUACGUGAUGAAGGCAUUCAUCGCCCUCUUUCUGGGGGCGGUUUGGCACGUCAUCCUGGUCACUUGCAGCAGCGUGCGCUUCCAACUGCUGCCCUUCGUCCUGUCUGCAUCCUGCCCCCCUGUCAAGCAGUAAUUUGGGGUAAAUGGGAUUUGAAAGUGGUAUCCAUUUGCACAUCAACUUUUUCUUUAAAUGUUGAAUGAGUAGUCAAUAAAGUAGUGUUUUGAAAAAGUUGGGCAAAACAAUACUGAUUGGCUUCACAUUUUAUGAUGAUAACAAUGAGAGAAAGUGCAUUAUUUGCGAAUUCAUUAACAGAAAUUUGAAUCAUGUCAGUAUCACAGUCAUUUCGUUUCAAUUGAUUAAAAGAGGAGCACUUCAUUGCAUUCCAUAAUUUCAUCAUGGCUGCCCAGCUUCCAACCAGCAAUUUGGACACUAUUCCUUCACCUCCGCCUCCUCCUCCUCCGCUCGCAUCAUCAGGAUCGAGAAUGGGGUGGAGGGCCCCGGAAGGAGACGAACUACCAAACACGUCAACCUCAACUUUCAAAGUUUGGCAAGAGUUGUCUCUCGUCGUGUCCAAAACAAUGAUUGUAUAUUGUGCCAUGUCUCUCACAAUCCUGUGCGUCCUGGCGUUUCUCAUUCUGUCGGGCAGCCUGGUCCCUGAUUUCAGUGCAGAGGAGGAAGCUUCACUUCCAAUCACUCCUACCUCGAGCCCGGCCAACAGUAAUGCAUCGAGUAAUGCGAAUCCUUCUCCAGCAACAACGCCAACAACGACAACUACCAACAGCCUGCAUGAGAAGUUGGUUUCGCGAAUGCAUGCUCACGACACCGAGUUCUACAUGUUCAUUCUCACACUGCUCGUGUCCAUCAGAGGGGGGCUGUUGUACAUGGCGAAGGCGUUGAAGCGACCAAUCCUACAGAAAGACUCGUCCUCGGUGGGAACGUGGCUGUUUGGAGCAUUCUGCAUCCUCGUGGCUGAGCUGAUUCUGGGACUUUCUCUCCUUCAGUGCCUCCCAGGAGCGCACAUUCUCAUCCUCGUCUUUCUCGUGGUGGAAAUCUUCGUCCAAGUUGCCUUCAUGUGGAUCGUGUGGAAUUUCAAGUUGGAAAUGAUGAUGACGGUUGCAUAAUCCAAUUCUUGCCAUUUGCACGACUUCACAUUUGCACACAGACAGAAGCCGCAAUAAAUGAAAAUAGAGAUAUCAAUAACAUUAUGCAUAUUGGCCGCCCUGGUAGAAUUACCUGUCAAACUUUCACCACUCAUUUUUGCCAAUAUCGGGGCAAAUGCAUUCACAUUUUGUCACAUAAUCUAAUACACAAUAAAUAAAAUGUGUAGUGUGAGUGGUGUGUCUGAUGGUAUCAGCAUGAAAUUUCAU